GAGAACCCCGCACCCACGCCGCACGCCUCGCCUCACCAAUACCACCGCGGUUUCGCCAACCCACGCCCCCCCCCUCCCCCGGCGGCGCCACCGGAUGGACGACGCGUGGCCCGCGCGGUGGCCUCCGCCUCCGCCUCCGGCACCGGCACCCGCGGCGCCGAACCAGAUUGACACGGCCAAUCUGCGGUACCUCCUCCGCCCCUUCGCCGCACAGCAGGAAGCCGCCGGUGGGGCGGCGCCGGCGCCGGAGCAGCUGGCCGCAAACCACCCGGGCUCGCAGUACGGCCAACCCGCGAGAGCGGCUGCGGCGCCGAGCAACUCAUUGCUUGCUCAAGUGUCUGGGAAUCAUCCCCACGCUAGCCAUAUGCCUGACCUAAAGGCGUUGUUUGGCAUGCCAAAUGGGAACAAUGCUGCCAGUGUCAUUGAUCUUACUCGCGCUUCGCCGCCCAGAGGCGUGGAGCCUCUGCUGAAGCAUCCGAGACAUGGCUUGGCAGCUAGCAGCAGCGUUGAGCAGACAACCAGCUUGGGGGCGCUGUUUCAAAACACAAGUGCUAAUGCACCGGUUAGUUUCGCAGGAAAAUGUUCAGUAAACAAUGGGAUAUCCCAAGGUGCCAGCCAGUUUCAGAACUCAAGCACAUGCACAAUGCAGAAAUCGCCAACCAAAUCGACCCCCUGCCAUCAACCUGCGCUUCUAGGGGAUCAGAUUCGCGUCUCCUGUCUGAAUGUUGGUGGAGAAUUCUUUGUGGGUGGAGCUGGGAUUUUUGGAGUCUGUUGCUUUUGUCAUCGACUGAGAAUGUCUGUGGCCAAGUUCUGUGAGCAUUCAGGAGGACCUGCAGAAAAAGCUGGCGAAAUUGUCGUCAUGGAUAAUGGCAUGACUAUCGGACAAUGGCUCAAAUACUGCAUGGGGGUUGGAUCAUCCAUUUCUGAUGCUAAAUGGGACUGGCCAGAAUGGGCACAUAUGAGAUAUUCUCCAGAAGAAUUGUGGACAAAAAAUCUCCUUAUAGCAAACAGUAACAUGGAAAAAACAGGGUUAUUCAGUGGACAUGGAAACAACACAGGGCCUAUAGACAAUCCAGUUUAUUCCAGUGAUAUGCACAAUGAGGUUGGGGGAUUAACUUCUGUCGAGAAGUUAGUGAAUAAACCAGAUGAAACAUAUUAUAGAAAGAGUGUUGGUUUACAUGAAGCUUUCACAAAGAAACCAGCUUUGCAGCAGAGUUCAAAACUAAAUUUAGCAAAUCAUACUAUUCAUGACAUGAACCUGAACUCUAUUAGAACACCAAAGGUACGAACGUGUUCAACUGCAAACAUGGGGAUAACUUACAGUAGAAAUCAUUUGGCACAUGAUUAUGCAAAUCUUUUGGAGAAAAACUUAAAUAACUUGUCUCGUAGUUCUGGUCCUAGUUCUACAAGGGUUUCACGCAAUGAUAAUAGGGCAUGCAUGCCUGAUAUACCCCGCAAAAUAUUUCAAGAUGGUUCAGGCAGAGCAUCAAACACUGAGUUGAAGCUGGGGCAAUCAUCUUAUCAUCAAUCUAUGACUACCCUAUUUCCAUCAGUGCAGUCGACAAUAAUCGAAUUUCAGAAACCUCAGGAGCACCUGCAAUUCACAACUCCAAAUGCUUAUCCAAAGCAAACUACCAAUGCCAACAAAACUAUAGAAAGCAUUGAUCCAUCAUUUAGCACGGGGAAUAGGAAACGACCACUUGAAGUUGCUAAUGGAACCAGCCAUUCUGAACUCAAUGAGGUUACAGUUGACACGGCAAAGAAUUCAUUUAUUUCAUUAUUUCUUUCACAUCUUGAGAGAAAUAGUACAUCUGAGUCCAUUGAUGAUGUUCUCAACAGUAAUGAGCAUUACCUUCUUAAGGCUCCAGAUGUUGCAUAUAGUUCUGAUCAUUUAAAAGCUGCAAGUACACAGGUUGAGACAAGGGCAAAUGAUAAUCAGUUGAAGUUGACCCCGGCCAUUAUUCAUACAAAAAGGAUAUCAAAUGGCAGGUCUCUUCCAGUGGCAUCCAAGGGAUAUGUCCAUCAAGAUGUACUUCAUGGAAAUAGUCAGGAGCCUUCAUUAAAUGGUGACUGCCUUCCACAAUUGCUGCCUAGUCAACCUAAUGCUGGAAUCUCCAAAAUUUGCACAGAAGUUUCUUCUCCUGUGAAUUGCAGGUGUUGUAAUCAUGUUGCUGACAAAUCCCAUCUUGCACAUGCUGAGACUAGGGCUCCCUGUUUGUAUGAUAGAACGGCCAGGAGAUAUAUGUCUUUUGAUUGUGCAGAUGACUUGUGCACACACAAAAGUUUGAGAGCUACCAAAAUUAGUUGUCAGUGUGGAAAAGCCUUCUGUUAUACACCUAGUGAGUUUCUACCUAGUUUUGGCCAAAAUGAUCAAUCCUCACUAGGAAAACCAAUACAUAGAUGCUGUUGCAAAGCUCAGGAAGAUUCUUCCAACCUUGGUUUUAGAGCUGGCAAUUUCUGCCGAUCUCAUUUCUGUAAUGAUGGUGCUCCAGUUCCAGACCAUAGGUCUAUUGUCGAAGGGCUAGAUGGAGCGCGUACAUGCUCUACUUUCAUACCAAGAUCUUCAUUAUGUUCUAGAGAGCUUAUGUUGCAGUCCUGUUGCCAAGCGUGUCCCAUUGAUGGGUUUCACUACAGAAGUUCUAUGGGGCAUACAGCCAACAGUUUGACUAAGAACCCUCUUGUCGAAGCACCUAAUACUACAGAACAUAGUCCUUGUCAGGAUGGAAAAUGCAGCUGCUCUUUAGUCCCGAAAUGUUUGGUAGGUUAUGGAUUUAGAAAGCAAUGUGUUGCCAGAAUCGACCAAACUGAUCAUAUAGUACAAAAGAGCAAGGAUGGGGAUGUGCAAGCGGCUGCCAGAUGUUGCACACUAGGGGAGAGUGAAAAGUUAAUAUGCCAGUGCUCAAGCGAGAUAAUUGCUAGAAGAAAUGACUCUUUCCAGAACGAGAUAUCUAACAAAGUAUUGAACCGACCUUAUGUUCCUAUAUCAGAGCAGCUGAAGAAUGUAACAGAAGCAUCAGCCGUAGGUGACCAUUGGCCCUAUGAAACUGCAAGAGAGAAAGAGAGUGCCCGUAGAGAUUCUGGAAUAUUUAAAGAACUAAAAUCUGGUUUCUCUUCUGGAUUCUCCAGCGAUGUUGUGACAAAGUUUUCUGCAUCACCUGAUGGGAACAAUAUAUCAUCAUGUACCGCUAAGUAUGGUUUUGAACAUAAAAAUUAUGUAUUUGAUGAAGGGUCAAGAAUUGAGAAAUGUUCCUCAUCCAGCUAUGUGCCUAUCAGUACAGGAUGUGAAGAAGCCCAAAAUAGCUUCUCUAGAUUUCACUUGAAGCCAUCUUUAGUGAAGAACAAAAAUAAUAAAAUUUCUGAGGGAAGUAAACGGAAAGAACAUGAGAAUGAGGGACAAUGUUCUGAAACGCCAAAGAAAACACGAACAUUGGAGUGCUGUGCAAAGCAAUCAGAAUCUGAUGACUAUAUUAUGAAAAUUAAUCUGUCAUCUCUUGAAGGGGAUUCUCAACCACGGCAUGAGGCUGUUCCAUUUUCACGCAGGGUAUCAAAAACCAAGAGGAAACAUCCUCCCAUGCGUCUGAAUAAACAUGUGAAAUGGCUUCACAAAAACUACAAAGUUCUCGAUGUUGAUGAUGAACGGUCAGAUAACAAGGGCAUUUUGGUUGGAGAAUCAAAUUCCUCUGAUAGAGAAAAGCAAGAAGAUGAUGUGACCACUUCGGCUAGAACAAAAUGCCAACAGCAAGGGAGUCGAUUGUUUGCUCGCAAACUGCCAAAAUAUGUGUCUCUAAAUGGCAUUGUAAAUGAACCUAAUAGUGAAGAUGCUUGCAGUGGGAGUGCCAGUAUCGAUUCUAGUUUGAUUGCUACAGGAAUAACAAAUGAUAAUCGGAAAUCUCCCAAAAUUGUUCCACUCAGUCUGAUUCUUAAAAAGGCUAAGAGAUGUCGUACAGUCAAAUCCCUCGGUAAGACAGAACAUGCCCAUUUUUCUGAGGAAAAGAGCUCAGAUUGUUCUGUAGAUAAAUCUUCCUCUAGCAACAGAAGUUUCAGUUCACAAGAUGAGCUGUGGUCUCCCAAAAAUAAUAGGUAUUCAUGUAAUGCCUCGAGGCCACACGUCAAGUCUGACCACCAAAAUCCCUGCCAUGUACUUGAAGAAGAUGAGCUUCUUAGCCUUGCAGAUAUUGGGACAAGUCAGCUGUCAGCGUCAAGAAGUAGAGGAAUAAAGACUCGAAGAGCAUGCAUAUCUCUUAAUAGGAUGGAGAGGUGUGAAGAAUUUACAAAUGAAUCAGCAUGCAGUUCUUGUGGAGAUAAACACAGUGCGGUUCAAGUCUGUGAAGCUAAAUUUGAAAGAUAUGCACAAAGGCCUAGUUUAGAUGCUUCAUGUUGUGUUUGUGGUAUCUCAAACCUGGAGCCUUGCAAUCAGUUGAUAGAGUGCAGCAAGUGCUUUAUCAAGGUCCACCAAGCUUGCUAUGGUGUUCUAAAAGUUCCAAGAGGACAAUGGUUCUGUAGGCCCUGCAAGAUCAAUAUACAUGACACAGUCUGUGUCAUAUGUGGUUAUGGAGGUGGAGCUAUGACAAGGGCAUUGAAAGCCAAGAAUAUUCUCAAAAGCUUACUGUGGGGUAUUGCAACCACAAGAAGAUCAGAUAAAUAUGCUUAUUCAUCAGGAAAUGGGAACAGUGAAUGUACAAGUUCGUUCCAUGGGGAAUAUGUCAGGCAUGAUUCGUUUCAUGGACCCAGAUCAAGAAGCUUCAAUACCAUAUCUUCUAUUGAUAUGGAAGAAGCUUCAAUUGGUAGUGCACUUGGGAACAUUACAAGCCAGUCGUGGACCUCUAAUCCCAAUUCCAGUUUAUUUGGUCCACGAACAAGGCAGUGGGUUCAUGUGGUCUGUGGGUUGUGGACACCUGGUACAGAAUGCCCAAAUGCAAUCACAAUGAGUGCUUUUGAUAUAUCGGGUGCUUCACCUGCCAAAAGAAAUACUGAAUGCUCAAUCUGUAACAGAACUGGUGGCUCAUUUAUGGGGUGUCGAGAUGUACAUUGUUCAGUUCUCUUUCAUCCUUGGUGUGCCCAUCAGAAGGGUUUGUUGCAAAGUGAGCCAGAAGGUGAGCAUAACGAAAAUGUUGGUUUUUAUGGGAGAUGCCUGGAUCAUGCUAUGCUUGGUUCUAAUCAUGUGAAACUAAAGGAGUGCUUGAAAAUCAAUGACUGGACAUGUGCACGUACAGAGGGUUUUGGAGGCCGAAAGGGAGACUGGUUUGAUGCUAAUCGUAGCAAGAAACCAGAAGAGAAGUUCGGUGAGUGCAGUGUUUCCCAAGAACAGAUCAAUGCUUGGGUACGCAUAAAUGGAUCGAAAUCUUGCAUGAGAGGACAGAAGGAGUAUGUCCAUUAUAAGCAGUUAAAGGGAUGGAAGCAUUUGGUAGUGUACAAAUCUGGAAUUCAUGGGCUUGGUCUCUACACAUCAGAGUUUAUUCCACGUGGCUCUAUGGUUGUAGAGUAUGUUGGUGAAAUUGUUGGGCAAUAUGUUGCUGACAAAAGAGAGAUUGAAUACCAAUCUGGGAAACGGCAACAAUACAAGAGUGCAUGUUACUUCUUCAAGAUUGACAAGGAACAUAUCAUCGAUGCCACCCGCAAGGGUGGGAUCGCAAGAUUCAUCAAUCACUCUUGCCAACCAAACUGUGUUGCAAAAAUAAUCUCCGUAAGGAACGAGAAGAAGGUAGUGUUCUUCGCGGAACGCCACAUAAAUCCAGGGGAAGAAAUUACGUACGAUUAUCAUUUCAACCGAGAAGAUGAAGGGCAUAGGAUCCCCUGCUUCUGUAGAUCAUUAGGCUGCAGGAGAUAUCUGAACUAAGAUACUUACUAUCGUAUUGUCUUAUUGUUGUUGGUGUUGUGUUGUCUAUUCAACAUUGUAAUGCGCGCACUGUGUAUAUGAAUAAACUGUAGGGACUUCCUCUGAUAAUUCAUGUUUCAAAAAAAAAA